AGUAUUGCAGCUGCAGUUGGAAAUGGAAUGUCACUCUUAAAAGACACAUCAAGAUUGUUUACCUAAUUUCUAAUGCUAAAAAAAACGAACUAUAGUGCGAAGCCGGUCGCUAGUUAUUUAAUAAAAUAUUAUAUUGUGAUUUUUAUAUUUUUCUUAUAAAAUUCACAAUUUCACUUCAACAAUUCUUCAUUUUUCUAUUAAUUCUCAGACUCCGGCACGGUUAGAAAGUUGGAAAAAGUCGUUAGGAAUUGCAUUAAAAGCAAAUGAUUAUAUUUGCCAUCUUCAUUUUAAAGAAGAAAAUAUAAAUAUGUACGAAAAGUUAACUAUUAAAGGAGAGCUCAAAUAUAUUCCUACACAAAGAAAAACGCUUAAGGAAGAAGCUGUGCCCACGAUUGAGCAUCAGUUUAUUCCCAUUCCCGAACAUGAACUCCAAGCCAAUACUAUUCACAUAGAGGAAUCUUUCGAACCAUACCCCAAUCAACCUAAGGACGAGCAGCAACAACAAAUCAAUGCCGAGCAACAGGAAUUAUCAGAAGAUCAAAAUGAUUCUAAUAAUUUAAUGGAUUAUGAAAUGAUACAACAGGACUUUGCGGAACCAUUGUUUAGUCAAUAUCAGGAUACUAAUGUAACAAUUAAUCCAAUAGAGAAUUUUAAAAGUAAGUUUCGGGCAUUUUCGUUGUUGCCGCCUUUUUGGCUACAUGCAGAAAAUCCUAAUGGGCUGGAAUUUAUGCGAAUGGAUCCAAAAACUCAGAAGAUUAAACAUCAUAUACGUUUAAACGAUGAUCUAACUGUCACUGUAAUUUUUCCCAAUAAUGAACAAUUGCCACUAAAGGAGAAAAUUAAUUCAUAUGACAACACCUACGAUUACUUAAAAUCGGUUGAAAGAUGGCCUUUGUGCGUUGGUACUCAGAUUGACGACAAUAAGUAAGUUUUGGUAGAUUGUUAACCAAGGGAUGAACGCAGUGAGAGUAUAGUCCGAGGCUAAAAUGAUGCCAUUCACCCGAGUUAAACACUCUACUUUUCAUUUCGAAUACGAGGAACCUAGCCCCAAAGCUUGUACUAUGGGUGUAGGCGAUAAUACAACUGUUUGCAGUCGUCUUAUGAAUAUAUAUACCAUAAUGUAACAGUUGUAUUUAAAAUAAAAGGAUAACUCGUAAGCCUAAUAACUUUGAUUUUAUUUAACAUUUUUGUCAUUAAAAAUAUUGUAUGUAACGGUACAUUAAAUAGGUCUUAAUUCUUGAACCUAUCCUAUUA